AUGUCAGUGUUAUAUCCUCCAAUUGUUGGCUGCUUCACUCCUGGAACCUUCACUAACCGGAUCCAGGCAGCCUUCCGGGAGCCAUGGCUUCCUGUGAUUACCGACCCCAGGGUUGACCACCAGUCUUUCACGGAGGCAUCUUAUGUUAACCUACCUACCACUGCUCAGUGUAAUGCAGAUUCUCCUCUGUGCUAUGUGUACAUUGCCAUUCCACUCAACAACAAAGGAGCUCACUCAGUGGGCUUGAUGUGGUGGAUGCUGUCCCCGAAAGUUCAGCACAUAAGUGGCAGCAUUUCCCGUGAACACCCGUGGCAGGUUAUGCCUGAUCCCUGCUUCUACAGAGAUCUUGAAGAGAUUGAAAAAGAAGAGCAGGCUGCUGCUGAAAAGGCUGUGACCAAGGAGGAAUUUCAGGGUGAAUGGACUGCUCCAGCUUAUGAGUUCACUGCUACUCAGCCUGAGGUUGCAGACAGGUUUGAAGGCAUGCAGGUGCCCUCUGUGCCUAUCCAGCAGUUACCUACUGAAGACUGGAGCACUCAGCCAGCCACAGAAGACUGA